AUGAAACGAGUCCGCCCUCAGCCUGAGACCUUCACGUGCGAGGCUCUGGACUAUCUUCGACAAUACACACUGGGUCGUAUCGGACCUCAUCAUGUUGCCAUCGCUGUCCUAAGUCGAAUGGGAACCAUCCCAGCCGCGGGCGAGGCAGAAGCUAUGAGACUAAUGUUUCCAUGCCUUCAGUUUGGCUUCAUGGUUGGAAUUGCCGGUGGAAUCCCCAGCGCGAGUGCGGAUAUUCGACUUGGCGACGUCGCUGUCAGUUUCAGGCGGAUCUUACUCCUCGAAGUGCUGGGAUUCGGAAACACCUAUCGGUAUUCAAUCAUCGCCCAGGAGUUUUUGCGUCAGAAUGCUGGUCUAGACGAACUUUUUUAUUCAUCUUAUGAUCACCAGGAAGGCGCGACUUGCGAUACCUGCCGCAGAGAUAUGCUUGUCAUACGAAACCCGCGACGGACUGAUGAACUAGUGAUUCACUUUGGAACGAUUGCCUCAGGAAAUUGGGUUGUUAAAGACGCUAUAACGAGAGACCAACUCAGCGCUAGAUUUGGGGGCGUUCUUUGCUUUGAAAUGGAAGCAGCUGGCAUUCACACGAGGCCAAAAACCCAGCAUCAAAUCUAG